AUGCUCCUGCUGCCCCUCAGUGCCCUCCUGCUCCUCCUGCUGCUGCUGCUGCUCCUGGAGUUCCCUCCCCGGAGCCCCCCCAGCUCCAACCCGGCAUUCCAGGAAUUCCAGCGGCGCUUCCACCUGGGAUUCCUGCCUGCCCUGGCAGCUGAUUGGCUGCAGGGGCCUCACCUGUUCCAGGUGUUCCGCAGCCGGGGCUUCCUGCAGACGCAGAUCGCCGCCCUCUACUCACUGGGAUUCGCCUCCAACUUGGUGUUCGGGCUCUUCUCCCACUUUUUUGUGGACCGGCUUGGCAGGAGAAGGUCCUGUGUGCUGUUCUCGGUGCUCUGCUCCCUGUCCUGCCUCCUGCAGCUCUCCCGGGAUUUCCCAGCACUGGCAGCGGGGCGGCUUUUGGGGGGCGUCGGCACCUCCCUGCUCUUCACCUCCUUCGAGUCCUGGUACGUCCACGAGCACCUGGAGCGCCACGAUUUCCCCCGGGAGUGGAUCCCAGACACCUUCUCCCGCGUGGCCCUUUGGAACGGGGUCGUGGCUGUGGCCGCGGGGGCUGUGGCUGAGCUGCUGGUGCUGGGGGGGGGCCCCGUGACCCCUUUUGUGGCAGCUGUGCCCUUCCUGGCCUUUUCUGGGAUUUUUGCCGUGAAAAACUGGGAUGAGAAUUAUGGAAAACGCAGCUCCUGCCCCAAGGCGUGUGGGGAGGGGCUGCGGGGGCUGCGGAACCCCCCCGGGGCACUGCUGGGGGUGGUGCAGGCACUGGUGGAGGGCAUCAUCCUCAUCUUCAUCUUCCUCUGGACGCCCGUGCUGGAGCCGCUGGGGAUCCCACUGGGAAUCGCCUUCUCAGGAUUUAUGGCAGCAAGUGCUGUGGGAUCAUCCCUGUUCCGCCAGGGGGUCGUGGGGGGGCUCCGGCUGCAGCCCCUGCACCUCCUGACGGGGUCCGUCACGCUCCUGGGGGUCUCUCUCCUCCUCCUUGCCCUCCCCGUGCCCCCGCCCGGCGCCUUCCUGGUGUUCCUGCUGCUGGAAUUCUCCUGUGGGAUUUACUUCCCAGCCAUGGGGUUCCUGCGGCGCCGGCUGGAGCACGGGGGGGCCGCGGGGGGGUCGCGUUGGCUGCGAGUGCCCCUGGGGCUGGGGGUGGCCCUGGCACUGCCGGCGCUGCCCCCCGGGGAGGGGGGGGCACAGGGCGUGUUCGGGGGGGCGGCGCUGGCGGCGCUGGUGGCACUGGUGGCAGCUGGGGGGGUCCUGGCAGUGGCCCGGGGGGACCCGCGCCUGAGGGUGGGGGGGGAGGAAGGGGAGGGCGAGGUGGACACUGGGAUGUGA